GUGGUAGAUGCACAUUCAAAAUGGCCGGAGGUUUUUUAAAUGCCUUCUAUUACCUCAGGUGCUACCAUUCUAGUCUUAAGGAAGCUCUUUGCUCAAUUUGGCUUGCCUACAGCCAUAGUCUCCGACAAUGGAACUCAAUUUACAUCGCAUGAGUUUCAAUCCUUCCUUAGUGGUUUGGGUGUCCAACACUACAAAACAGCUCCUUAUCAUCCAGCUUCAAAUGGGCUGGCAGAACGAUUUGUGCAGUCAUUUAAGAAGCACUUACUGUCCACUCUGGACCAGGUUGGACUGUCAGAAGAGAAGCUGCUGGAAUUCUUGAUCAUGUACCGUAACACGAAACACGCUACUACUGGGCUGUCACCGGCUUUUCUUAUGUUUGGCAGGCAUCUCCGCACCAAACUUGAUUUAGUUCGUCCGCAGGAGCAGUCACCAACACCUCCUCCGCCGGGCCGUCUGGGAUUCCGUGCCGGUGAUCUUGUAUGGUCUCAGAAUUACAGAGCUUUGCCUCCUUGGCUUCCUGGCGUUAUUGAUGGAACUCUUGGCAGAAGAAUGUACCUUGUCCGCCUGGAGGAAGGCAUUUGUGUUCGGCGACACCUUUCACAAUUGAGGAAACGCAUUUGCCGGCCACUAGUGACAAAACCGACCCUUCUUUCUGACCACCCACCAGAGUCUACUCUGAACUCUGCUGGUGACAUAUGGCAUGGUGUCUGGCAUGAUCCCACAAGUUUACACCCAAACCCUGAACCGGUUGGUGACCAUAUUCCUGAGGAGCCCGGACAUGUGCCUGAAGUUACAGAGACUGAUUUGUCUGUGGGACGCCCACUGACAUCUCCAGUACCUUUGACUGACUUUAUUCCUCCCGGUGCUGUACCUCUGCGUAGGUCUACCCGUCAAAGACGUCAAACGCCUCGCUGGCAAAGUGCUGAAAUCUUACGGGACACAUUGGAGGUCAAGGAACAGAGACAAAGGGCUCAUGAAGUGCUGCGGAAAUCACAGAACUGA